AUGUCUUCCAAGCAUUCCAUGUCGCCUCGUCAGUUCGCCGCGUUGACCGCCAUAUGCGACACGCUCGUAUCCUCCAUGCCGGUUCCGACGGACUCCGACGACCCGUACUUUCAGUUCGUCGGGAAGCGAAAAGAAGGCUCGCAGUCGGAUAACCGUUGGAGCGAGUUCUACGGCGAGCCGCGGAAGGAGGCCAUCGCGGCGUACUUCGCGGAAUCCGCGUCCAGCCUCGGCAUCGUCGACGAGGUGGCCACGACAAUGCAGCAGUGCCUGAAACCCCUGCCGCUGACCGUCUUCGGCACGGUCCUAUGGCUGCUCUCCACUCGCCUGGGCACGCUGUUGCUGGCCGGUCGCAGGGCCUUCACCUGGCGGCCGCCGUUCGUGCAGCCCUUCGUGAAGCUGUCGCCUCAGGCUCGCGAGGCUGUGCUGCUGCGAUGGUCCGUCAGCAGCAACUUCCUGCUGCGCACCGUGUUCAAGACGUUCCGCAGCUUCACGCUCUUCCACGUGGGUGCACAGCAUGACGGCUCUGGCAAUAGCAUGCUGUGGCGCGCCAUGGGGUACUGCGGACCCGACCCCAACAUGCUAGCUGCCAGGAAGCAACGCACGUGCGGCAGCAGCAGCCGAGACAGCUCAGCUGCUUGUGAUCCUGACGUGGCACAACGUCCAGCUCAACAUGCUGACGCGGCACAGCGGCCAGCUCAGCGAUCCGACAGUGGUGAAGGGGAAGCAGAGCACGGCAACGGAAGGAUGAAGGGAGAGAGGGAGAGUGGUGGGUGUGGGGUAAAGGGAGGCGAGGCGAGGCCACUAGACGCAGCAGUGGUGGACUGUGCAGCAGAGGGCGAGGGGCUGGCAGCAGUGCUGCAGGGCAAGGGCGUGGACGUGCUGCCAGGGCCCAAGCAGACGAUUGGACUGCUGGGGCGGAGAGACAAAGGAGAAGGCGAGCCUGUGGUGGUGCGGUGCGAUGCGGUGGUGAUCGGUUCCGGCUGUGGAGGAGCCAUCAUUGCGGCUCAGCUGGCAGAAGCAGCAGCAGCAGCAGCAGCUGGUGCUGCAGGCAAUGGUGGGGACGGCAGCGGGCGGAAGAGGAAGGUGCUGGUGCUGGAAGCAGGGGGCUACUUCUUUCGCUCCGACCUCUCUCUUCUCGAAGCUCCCUCAGCUGAGAUGUACGACACGCAGGGCUUUCUCACCACGGAGGAUGGCGGGGUGGCGCUGCUGGCAGGGAGAACAGUGGGCGGCGGCAGCGCUGUCAACUGGUCUGCUUCCUUCCGCACCCCGCCCCACGUCACCAAGGAGUGGGCCAGCGAGUACGGGCUCAAGCAAUUUGAGUCGCCAGAGUAUGCAGCAGCCAUGGAUGCCGUGUGUGAGAAGAUUCAGGUGACUGCAGACGAGAGCCUCACCCCGCACAGCCUGAGCAACGCGGCUCUCAAGGCGGGGUGCGUGGCUUUGGGCUGCCACCACGCCGUCACCCCCCGCAACACCAACCAGCCGCACCCAUGCGCAUGGUGCACCUUUGGCUGCUGGUCAGGCGAAAAGCAGUCGAUGCUGGAAACCUGGUUACCAGACGCCGUUACACACGGCGCCCUCAUCCUCUCCCGCUGCGCCGCCCUGCGCCUCCUCCUCUCCCCCAAUCGCCCUGCUAGCACCACCCCUGGCGCCACAAGCAGCAGCAUCAAAAGGAGGAAGCGGGUGGUGGGGGUGGAGGCAAGGGUAGAAGAGGAGGGCGUGCGUCAGAGGGUCGUGGUGGAGGCCAACUUGGUCGUUGUGGCGUGUGGCAGUCUGCGCACGCCUCCGCUGCUGCUCGCCAGUGGUCUGAAAAAUCCUGCUAUUGGCGCCUCGCUGCGCCUGCACCCCGUCACCUCCGCCUGGGGCUUCUUCCCCGAAACCGCCCCCUGCCUGCCGCCCGCCCUGCCCGCUGGCCCGGGCUACCUGGGUCCCAUCAUGAGCGUGAACUCGCGGGAGGUGGCCAACUGGGAGAGCAGUGGAUAUGGCGCCAUGAUUCAGACCCCCACGAUGCACCCUGGACUGCUGGGCUGCGCCAUACCCUGGCUGGGCAGUCAGGCCAUCAAGCAGUCGGCAGUGCGCUUUGACCGCACCGCCUCGCUCAUCUCCAUCGCCAGGGACCGCGGGCGCGGCACUGUGCGUGCGGACGGCAGCGGGCGGCCUGUUGUGACGUACCGGCUGGGCAAGGAGGACCAGAAGCGCAUGCAGGAGGCGCUGCUGCUGUCUCUGCGCAUUCUGAGAGCAGCGGGAGCAGUGGAGGUGGGCACGCUUCACCAGUCACUCAAGCCCUUCCGCUGCCUCGUCCCACCCACCGUUCAAGCCGACGCAGCUGAUGCAACAGACACAGCCGACGCCAAGUUGGAUGGCACUGAUGGUCUAGUGGAGAUGGAUGGAUGGCAACGCACGUCCGAUGCAGAGUUUGAGGCAUAUUUGGAAUCCGUGGUUGCGGCAGGCUUUAAGCUCAAUGACUGCACUCUGUUCUCCGCUCACCAGACUGGUAGUUGUCCCAUGGGUAUUUCCCCUAAGAGCUCUGUUGUGGAUGAAAAUGGGGAGAGUUGGGAAGCGUCUGGGUUGUUUUUGGGUGAUGGAAGUGUCUUUCCGACGCCCGUGGGAGUGAAUCCUAUGGUGUCUAUUGAGUCAGUGGCGUUCAUGAUUGGAAAACGGCUAGCAGAGAGAGUUAGGAAUGGGGAAUUUAGUGAGCGAAGCAGAAGCACAGACUGUUUUGAGUAG